AGCGACACUGAAAGGAGUUCACCAGUCAUGUCUGGCAUUGCAUUGAGCCGGCUUGCUCAGGAGCGCAAAGCGUGGCGGAAAGACCACCCAUUCGGCUUUGUGGCUGUGCCGACGAAAAACCCGGAUGGAACAAUGAACUUGAUGAACUGGGAAUGUGCCAUUCCUGGCAAGAAAGGGACCCCAUGGGAAGGAGGCUUGUUCAAACUGCGGAUGCUGUUCAAGGAUGACUAUCCCUCCUCGCCCCCAAAGUGUAAAUUUGAGCCUCCGCUCUUCCAUCCUAAUGUGUAUCCGUCAGGCACAGUAUGCCUGUCUAUCCUGGAGGAGGACAAGGACUGGAGACCAGCCAUCACCAUUAAGCAGAUCCUAUUAGGAAUACAGGAACUCUUAAAUGAGCCAAAUAUCCAGGACCCAGCCCAAGCAGAGGCAUACACAAUUUACUGCCAAAACAGAGUAGAAUAUGAAAAAAGAGUCCGAGCACAGGCCAAGAAAUUCUCUCCUUCGUAAGGGUGAAGACUCCUCUCGGCUUGGGCAGAAGGAAUGGGUCGAACGCGGAUCACCUCCCCUCUGUUUUCUCUUUGAAUGUGCCCCUCUCACAUCGGGACUCGCUUAUAAGGACUUCUAUUUAAAACUCUGACCCACAUUCUGUGCCAUCUUCUUCUCUGACCCCCCCCCCCCUUCCCUGUUCUGUUCUUAACUGCUGGGGUGGUGUGUGGCGGGAGAUGGGAGGAACUGGGUGCCGCAGCGCCCCUAGUCGCUUCCGUUUUUAGCCGUAUUACUUGUCUUAUGGAGCGAGGGACAGCGCAGCGUACCAGUUCCAGCAUUGAUUCAAAAUUAGCCCAUCCUCUGUCGAGGAAGAGAUCCACUUGAUUUCGUUAAACCCUCCACUCUUGUUUUCCCUGAUUUUAAUGAUGUAAAUUUGCUAUUACUUAAAUGUCAGUAUUUCAACUGCUGUAUAAUGAAUGGCACUUUUAUACUGCCCUAUCUCACUAGUGUCUGUAGAUGGCUCUGUCUGAUUGUCUUAUGCAGGUUUUCUAUUCAGCAUGCUGUAAUAUAAGAGUAUCUGCUGCCUUGGGUGUCUUUUGUUAUUUGGAGUGUUUGCUAUGAAAAAAGAAAAUGGCUGUGUCCACUCUAAAGGCAGGUAGGCUUCUGUAUCAGACUCUUUAUGUUUGUAUGGUGCUUUGUUCAUGUAUGUGUUAAGAGUAAAUAAACUGUUUAUAUAAA